CGAGGGGGUCCGUCGACAGGGUUGCUUUCCUCUCGUUCUCCUUUCGAGCGCAUCGCAGGGUAGAGUCCAGUGCGGGUUCUUUGGGUUAGUGCAGUGUCACUGCAAGCUUGUCCCACAGAACUUGUGGUGACACGCAAAUAAUCACCAGUCCACUCCCCCGCCUUUCACUACUUGUGGUGUACCACAUGGCGAUCUCUCCAGUCAUAUUAGAGCUGCCUGCGGUUGGAAGCUCAUUCAUGGAACACGUCCGAGGCUACCUUCACCGAAUCGUCCUCUACAAACUCUCACGUUGGUAUUGCCGGUGGUUCAAUAUUACCCAUGAUAUGGGAAUUUAUCCGCUGCCUUUCAACCUCAUUCUGAAGGACACACUUAAAACGCGGAGAGCCGAGGCUUUGGCCAUGUCCCUAGCGGGGAAGAUCGGUAUUCCUGUUCCGCGACUGCUAUCGUACGGCAGUGAUCCCUCGAACCCGUCGCGAGGCUCUAUCUUGAUGUCUCGUCUGCCUGGGAAGCCCUUAGACGAGGUACGGGACUCCCUGUCUCCCUCGGAAUGGGCUACGAUCAGAGAAGAACUCGCGAAAUACCUUGGUCUCAUGCGAUCAUGGACCUCCCCAUGGGGUCCUCGUAUUUGUUCAGUCGAAGGCGGCUCCGUGCGGGGUGCUCGCAUCCCUGGGGCCGAAGGUGGACCAUGGGAGGAUGAGAAUGCCUUCCACGCUACGUUUCUCGAAUACGCCACCCCGGAAAACUGUGUACCUGGACAAUCCUACGAGGAACAGUUAAGCCUGGUCAAAUCGUUGGCCUCGACCACGCAUCCCAUCGUAUUCACGCAUGGUGAUCUCCUGGCUCAUAAUAUUAUGAUCCACGAUGGUCAUAUAUCGGGGAUCAUCGAUUGGGAAUACGCCGGAUGGUUCCCGGACUACUGGGAGUAUACCCAGAUUUUGCGAGGUUCUUCACUAUCUUGGUGGUGGCCCAAGUUCGCGAUGACAUUGCCAGGGUACAAGUAUGAGCAACAAUAUAUAGCGUACCGCGCUAUGUGGGGAUUCGCUCGGAAUUCAUUCUCGUGGUGACCCCGCCACCCCAUUGGCGACAUGUUUCUCUGUCAUUGUUGGUGACGUUAUGUCGUGUCGAUCGAUGUAAUUUGUACUUAGUGUCGAGCUUCACUUAGUGUCG